GGGAUGGAGUCUGUCUUGGAUGGGAGUUUUUACAAGAAUCAACCAUCUCUCAAGUUAAACUCACAAGUGCUUACGGUUACUAUAGGCAAAAAUCACCACAAACUUUCAGAGCCAGUGCAUUUAACCUUCCAUCACAAUGAGGAGGUGAAGAGACAACUCAAAAAAGAAAAAAUAAUGUUAAGCAAAACCAAAGAGGAAGAGGUGACAUGUGUCUACUGGAAAUACGAAGGGAAGGAAAGCUCCUGGUCCACAGAAGGCUGCACAAAGUUACACUCCAACCAAACACACACUGUGUGCAGCUGUGACCACCUCUCCAGCUUCGCUGUAUUAAUGGCACUAGAUGAAUCACAGAUGGAAGAAAAUGUUGCCUUGACAGUGAUCAACCACAUUGCAGUGAUCGCAUCCCUGGUCUGCCUCAGCCUGGCUAUCUUUACAUUCGUAUUCUGCCAUUCGAUCCAGAAAGCCAACACCACCAUUCACCUGCACCUGAGUGUCUGUCUCUUCCUGGCUCACUUCCUGUUUCUAGUUGGGGUGUCCAGAACCGAAAAGAAGGUCUUGUGUGCAGUCAUAGCUGGGCUCCUGCACUACCUCUUCAUGGCCAGCUUCGCCUGGAUGUGCCUGGAGGGAGUGCAGCUCUACCUGCUGGUGAGAAACCUGAAGGUGGUGAAGUACAGCAGCAGGCAGGGGCUGCGAAGGAGGUACCUGCUGCUGGCUGGGUACGGCUCUCCUGCUCUCAUCGUGGCUGUGUCUGCUGGAGUCUUUCCAGAGGGGUAUGGGACCAACACAUUUUGCUGGCUGAGUCAUGACAAAGGAUUUGUCUGGAGUUUUCUUGGUCCUGUUUGUUUCACAAUCGCUGUAAACACCAUUCUCUUCACUGCAAUUCUCUGGACUUUGAGAUCGAAAAUGUGUGGCCUCAACACAGACGUGUCCAAAGUGAAAGACACCAGACUGCUGACUUUCAAGGCCAUUGCGCAUUGUUUCAUCAUGGGCUGUAGCUGGAUCCUGGGAUUCUUUCAAGGAUUGGAGUUCUUCAGAUUUGUGUUUGUCAUUAUUAACUCACUGCAGGGUCCCUUUAUUUUCCUGGUGCACUGUGUACUAAAUCAGCAGGUGAGAGUGGAGUAUAGGAAAUGGUUUGGAUGCAUCUACAAACAGAAAGACAGCUCAGAACUUACAUCUUCUGCAGUUCCAAUAGAUAACCUAACGAGUGAAACCACAGCAGAGAGCAAUAACUGCGGCACUGCGCAGAGAGGAGUACGUGUGCAAUGGAAUAAAGAAAGUCAAUAGACAUCACUGUUAAAGAAUGGGUGCCUAUGAGGAGGGAAAUUGCCCCUCUAAAAUGCAACAUUUACAUUUUGGCAAAAAGGUUGUAAACUUAGGUUUUCUAUAUUUCUGAUAGGCAAAGAGAAUGAGAUACAAACAGGUGUUGUGUUGGUAUUCCAGCACGCGUAGCAUUUGUUUAUAUUUUUUAAAUGUUCAAUUAUUUUCUUCAUUCUCCCAUUCUCCACUGCUGAACACACAACCCUGGGUGAGUGAAAAAUGUACCCAUAUAUAGAGUUGUGCCAGGAUUCAAUUACUAAGUAAUUAUUCACUUCCAUCCCAGCACAUGAACUAAUUUGUGCACUCCCUGU